UCCUUCCUCGCGCUGCUCCGCUCGCUCAGCUCAGCUCGGCUCAGCUCAGUUCCGCGCAGCGCAGCUGCCAAGCCAAGGCAGGCACGGUCUCCGGGCUCCGAGCUCCCGUUCCCGCCCAGGCUCUGCCAGGUCUCCGCGGGGACCCCUUCGGGCAGGAGUUGCGUGGCGAGGGCCUGCGGCAGUAGCACAAAGUUGGGGGCCCGCGAGGAUGAGGCUCUCCCCGGCGCCCCUGAGGCUGAGCCGGAGUCCAGCGCUGCUGGCCCUGGCGCUGCCCCUGGCCGUAGUAGCGCUGGCCUUCUCCGACGAGACCCUGGACAAAGUGCCCAAGUCGGAGGGCUACUGCAGCCGCAUCCUGCGCGCUCAAGGCACGCGCCGCGAGGGCUACACCGAGUUCAGCCUCCGAGUGGAGGGCGACCCCGAAUUCUAUAAGCCGGGAACCAGCUACCGCGUGACACUUUCAGCUGCUACUCCCUCCUACUUCAGAGGGUUUACACUAAUUGCCCUCAAAGAACACAGAGAGGGUGAUAAGGAAGAAGACCAUGCUGGCACCUUCCAGAUCAUAGAUGAAGAAGAAACACAGUUUAUGAGUAACUGCCCUGUCGCGGUCACGGAAAGCACCCCACGGAGGAGGACACGGAUCCAGGUGUUCUGGGUAGCUCCGCCGGCAGGAACGGGCUGUGUCAUUCUAAAGGCCAGCAUCGUACAGAAACGCAUCAUUUAUUUUCAAGAUGAGGGCUCUCUGACCAAGAAACUUUGUGAACAAGAUUCCAUGUUUGACGGGGUGACGGACAAGCCAAUCCUAGACUGCUGCGCCUGCGGGACUGCCAAGUACAGACUCACCUUUUAUGGGAAUUGGUCUGAGAAGACGCACCCAAAGGAUUAUCCUCGUCGGGCCAAUCACUGGUCUGCAAUCAUUGGUGGAUCCCACUCCAAGAAUUACGUGCUGUGGGAGUACGGAGGAUAUGCCAGCGAAGGCGUCAAACAAGUUGCAGAAUUGGGCUCGCCAGUAAAAAUGGAGGAAGAAAUUCGACAACAGAGCGAUGAGGUCCUCACCGUCAUCAAAGCCAAAGCUCAGUGGCCAGCCUGGCAGCCUCUCAACGUGAGAGCGGCACCCUCGGCUGAGUUUUCCGUGGACAGGACGCGCCACUUAAUGUCCUUCCUGACCAUGAUGGGCCCCAGCCCCGACUGGAACGUGGGCCUGUCUGCGGAGGACCUGUGCACCAAGGAGUGCGGCUGGGUGCAGAAGCUGGUGCAGGACCUGAUUCCUUGGGACGCGGGCACUGACAGCGGGGUGACCUACGAGUCACCCAACAGGCCCACAAUUCCCCAGGAGAAAAUCCGGCCCCUGACCAGUCUGGACCAUCCUCAGAGUCCUUUUUACGAUCCAGAGGGCGGGUCCAUCACUCAAGUAGCCAGAGUUGUCAUCGAGAGAAUCGCCCGGAAGUCAGACUGUAAAUGUCGACCCAGAACUCCGCCUUGUAUACACAGGGGGGAACAAUGCAACAUCGUACCGGACAACGUGGAUGAUAUAGUAGCAGACCUGGCUCCGGAAGAGAAAGAUGAAGAUGACACCCCAGAAACCUGCAUCUACUCCAACUGGUCCCCAUGGUCCGCCUGCAGCUCCUCCACCUGCGACAAAGGCAAGAGGAUGCGGCAGCGCAUGCUGAAGGCACAGCUGGACCUCAGUGUCCCCUGCCCCGACACCCAGGACUUCCAGCCCUGCAUGGGCCCGGGCUGCAGCGACGAAGAUGGGUCCACCUGCACCAUGUCCGAGUGGAUCACCUGGUCGCCCUGCAGCAUCUCCUGCGGCAUGGGCAUGCGGUCCCGGGAGAGGUACGUGAAGCAGUUCCCGGAGGAUGGUUCUGUGUGCACGCUGCCCACAGAGGAGACCGAGAAGUGCAUGGUCAACGAGGAGUGCUCUUCCAGCAGCUGCCUGAUGACCGAGUGGGGCGAGUGGGACGAGUGCAGCGCCACCUGCGGGAUGGGCAUGAAGAAGCGGCACCGCAUGGUCAAGAUGAGCCCAGCGGACGGCUCCAUGUGCAAGGCCGAGACCUCUCAGACAGAGAAGUGCAUGAUGCCCGAGUGCCACACCAUCCCAUGCUUGCUGUCCCCAUGGUCCGAGUGGAGCGACUGCAGCGUGACCUGUGGGAAGGGCAUGCGGACCCGCCAGCGGAUGCUCAAGUCUCUGGCCGAGCUCGGGGACUGUAAUGAGGAGCUGGAGCAGGUGGAGAAGUGCAUGCUGCCCGAAUGCCCCACUGAUUGUGAGCUCACCGAGUGGUCCCAGUGGUCGGAAUGUAACAAGUCAUGCGGGAAAGGCCACAUGAUUCGAACCCGGAUGAUCCAAAUGGAGCCUCAGUUUGGAGGUGCACCCUGCCCAGAGACUGUGCAGCGAAAAAAGUGCCGCCUCCGGAAAUGCCGAAAUCCAUCCAUCCAGAAGCUGCGCUGGAGAGAGGCCCGAGAGAGCCGGAGGAGUGAGCAGAUGAGGGAAGAGUCAGAUGGGGAGCAGUUCCCAGGCUGUAGGAUGCGCCCCUGGACAGCCUGGUCGGAAUGCACCAAACUGUGCGGAGGGGGGAUCCAGGAACGCUACAUGACUGUCAAGAAGAGGUUCAAGAGCUCCCAGUUUACCAGCUGCAAAGACAAGAAGGAGAUCAGAGCCUGCAACGUUCACCCUUGUUAACAGGGGUCCAAGUAUCCAGGGCCCUGCUCGAGAUGCAGAGUCACCGGUGGCUGGAUCGUUUGUUUGCUUGUUUGUUUAAGGCAAUUUAAAUCGUGUACCCUAGUUGUCAUUUCCGCCGUGUCAUUUGCCCAGUGGUCUUGUGGGUGCCGGGGACAGCCUUUCUGUAUACUUGUUGGUGGGCACAGGCUGAGCAGGGCUCCCUCACCCUCAGCCGGUCCUCCUCCAGCACGAACGUGUCAGCCACCCUGUACCACACGGAAAUGUGUCCCCCCGAGAGCAUCCACCUGGGUGCAGGGCAGAGACCUGGCCUCCAGGAAGAGGCAACUGUGUCUGGAAAUGACUCUGUGCCUCAGUCCCGGGGUGCAGCAGGAAACACACCCCUCAGAUAAAGAGAGCAGAUCCCCUCAUUCUCUCUGGCCCGCCCUCUCUUGCAAGAAGCUAUGGUUUGCUCAUCUCUUUUCCCUUAGUGGAGUGUGAGGUCCUUUGUUGAGUCUCCUCGGUCAUCAAUAGUUCUUGGGGAAGACAGAGACGGUAGACAGGAAGAGGAGCAUUGAAGUUGGAUGGCUUUCUUCUUUCACUGAGAAAUUCCGAAUACCUUUCUCUUUCCUGAUACUGGUUCCUGAUAGCCCAAAGGAAAUGAUGGCGGAUUUAUCUGAAUAUAAGGGUGCCAGUUCUUAUACCUGAUGCACAGGGUCACUAGUCUAGAAAGGAUUUUUGCCUUGUUUUGAGUUGUUUUUUGCCAUGAUUCUCCUAGGAAGCCAGUCUUAUGACGUUUCCAGUACUAGGUCCUCACCAGAACCAAGGCCCAGGCAGCAAAAGGGGCCUCACUAGCAAACCCAAACCUGAGUUUUUAAAUAUCUCCCAACAUGCAUCUAGACCUUUACAUUUUCAAACCAAUUCUAACAUAUUUUACUUAUGCAAAACAAACAUGUGACUCUCCCCACAACCCACCAUGCCAUUCUUCAAUAAAAAUAUAUCUCUGUAUUUUAAAGUUUUUUUUAAUCAUAAAAUUUUAUAUGUAAAGUUUUUUCCUUCUUCUGUAGACAGAAAAGGUGUUGCUAAGACAUUUAGAAGAUAGGAAUCUAGGGAGAAGAGAAUAUGACAGAAUCAAGCUGGGCAAGAAAAUCUGCUGAGAAGUUAAGCCUAGGUCAGCACUCCACCCUGGGGUUCUGGUCCUAGGCACACCUGUAGGGAAGGCCGUGGGUCUCCAUGCCCUCCCCAGCACUCAUCAACACCAAACAGGGAGACUUGACUACCAAGGAUUAGUGUAAAAGGACAUUUUGUUGAAUCCAUUGGCAGUUCUUACUCAUUUAUUAAAAUUCCUUUUGUUUCCGUUGCAGGUCUUUUUCAUUAUGCUUUAUCCAAAUAUGUAUCAUGGAUGCGAUGCAUACAAUGCUCUGAAAGAAUUUACAUUAAACACAUCAGGAUAUUUUCAAACACAACAUGUAGUAUAUGCUAUAGCCCCGAGUCUGUGUUAUUUUCUUUAACCCAAGAGGGACUGUUCAAUAAAAAACUCAUUUGGGUC